AUGUGGGAUUUUAUGAUUGAGAAAGUGAAGAUUGAGAUCUACAAGAAAGAAAAACGUCCAACAUCUCAAAUAAGUUGCUUUUAUGAUGUUGUGCAUCGUAUUUUAGUGGCUCGAUGGGCGAAGAAUAACACUCGCCUACAUUGUUUAGAUCACUCUUUACAUCCAAGAUAUUAUAGUGACGCAUGGUUACCGGAGGAUUCUACAAGAUGUGCUCCACAUAGGGAUGGAGAAAUUUCACAAGAAAUGAUGAAAUGUUUUCGAAUGUUUUUUCCUAAUGAUGAUGAGUAUAGCAAAGUCUUUGAUGAGUAUGCAAUGUUUUCAAUGAAGAGUGGUCCUUUUGAGGAUUUAACAAGCAUUUCAAAGAUGGCUACUAUGGAACCCAAGAAUUGGUGGGUUAACUUUGGUGCUCAAACUCCUUUUCUCCAGACUUUGGCUUUUAGAUUACUUGGACAACCUAGUUCUUCUUCUUGUGUUGAGCGUAAUUGGAGUACUUAUGCAUUUAUUCACUCACUUAAGAGGAACAAGUUGACUACAAGUCGUGCUUAA